AUGGUGAUGUGGACAAGAGAUUCCAAAAAUAAGAUUUUAUUCGAAGAGCGUACAGAAAAAAACGACUUAUUCAAAAAUCCAGAAAAGUAUCUUUUGUUAGGAACCUCCUCUGAAAAAGGUGUCUCAUUGGACCCAAAUCAAAGAGAGAAAUUACUUCAGGAAUUCUUUAGUGGCUCUGGAGUAAAGGUGCCUGAAGUAGAAAGUGUAUUGUACCUGAAAUCGGACGGAAAGAAAGCUUGGAAGAAAUUUUUCUUUGUUCUUCGUGCAUCUGGUCUUUAUUACAAUCCAAAAGGAAAAUUCAGCAAAGCCUCCAAGGAUUUAACGUGUCUCGUGCAAUUUGAUUAUGUAGAUGUUUAUCACGGUAUUGGAUGGAAGAAAAAAUACCACGCCCCAACUGAUUAUUGUUUUGCCCUAAAACAUCCUCAAAUUCAAAAGAAAACCUCCAAAUAUAUCCGGUACCUCUGUGCCGAAAACAAAUCAACUAUUGACCUAUGGAUUAUGGGAAUACGCAUUGCUAAAUAUGGUAAGCAGCUUUUAACAAACUAUGAACGACUUCUGAAUGAUAUUUCAACUUGGGAUUCUCGCAACAACACUAUUACAAACCAUAGCAGUGGUCAUUACGAACGAUUACCAUUAAAGACUGCCAACCUUCAAGAUAGCCGGAUGUCUAUUCCCCCUGAACUGAGUUCGCGCCUAUCUCUUGUUACCAUGAAAAACGCCACCCUGUCCCGUAACCGUACACUAAGCAGUACUACAGACUGUGAUAACCCUGAUGACAUGGUGAUCGAGGUGACCUCAAUGCAACCACGAAAAUCCUCCAUAUCAGGUCCCAUCAUUAUCGAUUCUCCACAGAAGGCUCCUGUGAAACGAGUUUCCUUCAGCAACACUCACUGUAUCAUUAAUGCAGAUGCUGGGGAAGAACUUGUUCCCAUGAAACACCGGGAUUCUAUCACAAGUGCUUCCACCGACUCAAGCGAAGAGUCUAACUCAAGUGGGGAAAACAAGACUGUUAGUGGAACGUCAUUACGGGGCAAGAUGAAGCCGAAAUUGCCCGUGACCACUGGAACCACGAGGCAAAUUUCAGAGAUGGUACAGAUGGCCAUGGAAGACCGUGCUCAGGUAUUGUAUGAAAGUAUAAUGGAAGAAAAGAAGCCGACGUCGCCUUACGGCCAUCUGGAAAAACCAAUGGAAAGACGCAAGUCUGCUCCAGCCAUCCACGACGAAAAAAGAGAGGUACAUAAGCACGAGCGGAAACCAUCGGAAGGCAAUUGCAACAGCAACAAUAAACCAGAUCCUCGUAUGUUGUCUCAUUAUUCAAGUAUGGCACAGGCUGCAACCUCUAAUCAACAGAGUCCUCCACAAAAGCCAGUUGGGCAGGUCCCUCCACUGGUCGGGAAGCACGUUGGGCAGGUCCCGCCUUCUCCCCCAUUUCAAAGAGAAGAAAUUUACAUGAAGAAAAUGAACGGCCCACCUCUGACCCCACCCCCUGUUGCUACAAAGCCAGUUCAAGGCCCACCUUCAGUGCCCCCUCCCACACCCCCAAUCCAGCACCAGAAGCUCAAUCAGCUUAAUUCUCAUGGCACCCACUCAGCUCAGAGUCCUGCUGGUCAGACCUCUGUUGCUGCAGGUCGGAAGAUGUUAGUACGUGCAGAUUCUGAAUCCGCUGCUAGUACAAUGGGACGGGCACCGCUGUGCAUUUCAGCACCAAUGUCGCAGAAUAUGCCGGUCUCUUCUUCAGAAAGUGUUACCAGCACUCUUGGACGGGGUCCAGUGUCUAUUUCUGGGCCCAUUUCUUCUUCAUCUGAUUACGGGACUCUCCCUGGUCGUACACCAAUUCAUAUUUCAGGUCCUGUCUCAUCUUCUGAUUACGCAACUCUCCCCCAAAAGAAAGAACCAGUCUGUGUGCCAGUUCCAACUGCACCUGCUUCUGAUUACGCACCAAGUUCUAUUGUGCGUGGUUCUGCACCGAAUACGUCUCCUGUGCCUCCUCCGAUGCCAGGAAUACCGACUGAAUCAGCUUCUGCAAAUGCGAUCUCUGGUCGCCCACCGGUCAGCACCACAAAUCCUCAGGCCUCUGCAUUGCCUGCAUACCCCUCAUCCGCAACGACAGCAUCUACAACAAAGAUGCCUCUUACUCCCCCUCAACCAAGCACCCCAACCCAAAGUCCUUCAAUGCCCCCAAUGCCCCCUCAGAUGCCCUUGUUGCACAUUGCACCAAUGGGACCACCUCCUGUAGCGCCUCCACCCCCACCACAGCCUACUGUGAAAAUGGGGCCACCCCCUCCCCCUCCUGCUGUGAAACCUAACAAGAUUCCACAGCCUCCUCCUGGUAACUCACCAGUACCUCCCCCGAUGCCUAGUUGUGCACCACCAAUGCCAGGUCAGGUGCCUGUACGUCCACCACCCAUCAGCUUGUUGGCUCACACAAAGAAAACGGCACUGUCUGAUACAAACGGCACACCGCUGUCCAUUAAUGUGAACAACAAAGACCCCCCUUUGAAAACUGAGGCGCUCUCCCCCAAUUCCCAAUCGUCGUUGCCUUUCUUAGAAGAGCUAUCCAAGAGGUCGUUAAAACCAAAGCCUCAAGUGGGGCCUCCUACUGCUGCCAAACCAAGUCAGGCACUCCGUGAACAUGCUAUCCGAUCUGUGGAGCAGGCAGCCAAGGCUCAAGCCCAGGCCCAAAUCAAUAAUUCUCAGUAUCAACAAUCACGACAGGGUCUUGCCAAAGCCCUGGCUCUGGAGACCCAACACGGUAACCGAGCACCAGCCAACUGUGCUGCCACACAUCCUACACAUCAGCGUACUCACUCAGAUGGCAAAAAGCCACCACCCCCACCUCCCAAGCGAAGCGAGAGUACCAAACUUUCAACAGACAAUGUAAAAGCACUAAGGACAGUUAAUGCCGCCAGUGGCAAGCCAGAAGCUUUGAACGAUAACGGUAACCACGAAUCAGUCAUGACCAUUGAGGAACUGCCUCCUCCCCCUCCAGAUUUCCUUGAGGGCCUUGCAAAUCCGGGUGAUGGCUCGAGUCUUAAGAAAGGCCGACCACCUCCACCACCGCCAAAACGUAGUAAAGACACACAGCUUACUCAUCACUGA